AAUGCUUUACAUGGACGGACUCUGCAUUCCCUCUCUGUCCCGUACAUCGCUUCCCUUUUUUCCCUAAAAUCUCGAGAACCAGAGCCAAAGAAAACUUUACCAACUUCUAUUCCUCAUCCUACGCAUCAAUGGCUACCUCGUACCAGAAAUAUGAGAUCAGAAGGAGAAACCCAGACCCCAAGAUUUCAGCCCUCCUUGUCAUCGACUUCCAGAACUACUUCUCCGCCAUGGCCCAACCUAUACUCCCUAACCUCCUCUCCACCAUCCACCUCUGCCGCCACGCCUCGAUCCCCGUCUUCUUCACCCGCCAUUCCCACAAGUCCUCCGAAGACCACGGCAUGCUCGAGGAGUGGUGGAACGGAGACCUCAUCAUCGACGGGACGUUGGAGGCGGAGCUCAUGGCUGAGCUGGACCGGAGGCCUGGCGACGUGGUGGUCGAGAAGAACACCUACAGCGCUUUUCGGAACGCUAACCUGGAUGGGCUGCUGCGGGAGAGGGGCGUGGAGGAGGUGAUCGUGACAGGGGUGAUGACCAACCUGUGCUGCGAGACGACGGCGCGUGAGGCGUUCGUUAGAGGGUUCAGGGUUUUCUUCUCCACGGACGCGACAGCCACGUCCGACAAGGAACUGCACCAGGCCACGUUGAAGAACAUGGCCUAUGGCUUCGCUUACUUGGUCGACUGCGAGCGGCUUCGGGAGGGAUUUAUUGGGAAUCAAUGAAAUAAAUUAAACCUCCAUCUCCCUUUUCUUUUCUCUGUUUUUACCCUCUGUAUAUUUUGUUUGUUUGAUUCCGAGUCUCGUGGAAAGAGUGUAGAACAAUGUUAAUAUUAGGAUUUGUAUCGAUUGUAUCGUCUCUGUAUAUUUUGUUUGUUUGUUUCCGAGUCUCGUGGAAGGAGUGUAGAACAAUGUUAAUAUUAGGAUUUGUAUGGAUUGUUCCAUUAUUGAGAGCUGGAUUAUGAAUUUAUGAUAAUUAAUGGUACAUCAA